AAAAAAAAACAUGUGAACACUUUUUUGGAUCACUGUAUUUGCUUACAUACAUAUAUAUAGACAGUAAAUUGAGUGAUUGUGUUAGAUAAGGCUUGUUUUCCAGAAAAUGGGUCAAAGUUCGGCACAUGCACGACAGUUAUUUGAUAACUUUAUAACUGAAGCUUUCGAGGAUGUGAGAUGGACAACACAAACCAAAUUUGGCAAGAGAUGAAAGAAGAAAAUCGUUCAAAAAUUCAUCGAGAAUACUAAAAGUCCACAAAGUUAUGUCAUUGAACUAAUUUAUCAAGAGUUUGUUUGUGCUUACCGGUAUCGCUUUAUGCAAAGUUAAACACAAAAAUGGCUUAACCGCGAAACCAUGCAGAUAAUUACAUACCUAACUAAGCAGUGUCAAGAAAGUGGACUUCUCAAUUGCACGCUUUAGUUUUGAGCUAGUCGUCGGAGGAACGCGAUCGAUAGAUUGAAUUAGGGGAUCCCUAAAUCAAGUGCGGAAACUAGUCAUACAUACAUAUGCAUACUAUAUGCAUACAUAUAUUGCAUAUCAUUUGAGACAAGCUGGACAUCUACAAACACAAUGAAGAUUGAGUGGGCACCGGUGCAUGUACCGCCUAGACGUCGAAAACAAACCCUUGCUGCGGGCCUAUAUGUAGUCAUAUUUAUGGCUUUGCCAUUUAUAUCACUCAUAGUUACUUCUUUACUGCUGUAUUAUGGCAAUUUACUUUGGAGGCUGCUGGUACUGGCAUACCUAACCUAUAUUUAUUAUGAUCACACGAGAAACUAUAGCGACAUUCAUGGCAACGGCUGGAAAAUUUUCCGAAAUAAUUGCAUUUGGCGUCACUUCCGUGACUACUUUCCCAUUGAGCUUGUGAAAACAGUUGAUUUGAGUCCUGAUCGUAAUUAUAUUUUAGCAAGUUUUCCACAUGGCAUAAUCGGAACUGGCAUCUCGUGCAAUAUGAGCAGCGAUAUUCGAAAAUGGUUGGAGUUAUUUCCCGGCAUUCGACCCAAAAUUGCCACAUUAGAUAUGCAUUUCUAUACACCCAUUUUACGUGAAUUGCUUCGCUUUUGGGGACUGGUGUCGGUAUCCAAGGAAUCUUUAAUGUAUUACUUAACGAGAUCGAAUCAUCCAAAACAUGCCGAAAAUCUCGAUGGUUUUACAUCGAACGCUGUUGCCAUAUUGGUUGGCGGUGCCCAAGAGGCAUUGGACUCACAUCCCGGUCGUUACAUAAUAACAUUGAAACGGCGCAAAGGUUUUGUGAAAUUGGCCAUACGCACUGGCUCACCCAUUGUGCCAACAUUUUCAUUUGGUGAAGUGGAAAUAUUCGAUCAGGUGAAUAAUCCACCAAAUUCAUGGCUGCGACGUUUCCAAACAUUGACCAAGCGCUUAACCGGCAUUUCGCCUUUGAUUGUAUUGGGUCGAGGUUUCUUUCAAUACACUUUCGGAUUUCUGCCACGACGCAAGCAUAUCGUACAAGUUGUUGGCACACCCAUCGAAGUGGAGAAGAAUGAUGAGCCUGACCCAGAGUAUGUGGAUAAAAUUCAUCAACAAGUUAUUGACCAGCUGAAAACGAUGUUUGACAAAUACAAGACAAAAUAUAUAGAAAAUGGCAAAAAUAUCAAUUUAGUUAUAAAUUAGGAGUGUAAUUAUUUAGUGAUAUUUCGUUUAAUAGUUAAGUUAGCUGUAUACAGUUUUGUGUGUGAAAAUUGUAAUUUUUAAGUGUUAUAUACUAUUCUGAUAUGUACGUGUAUGUAUGUAUGUAAAUACUAUGUACUUAUGUACAUACAUGAGAUAUAAACAUUUUCCACUAA